UACUUAGUGGCAUCUUAUUCAGUGAAAGAUGUUUAUUUCAUUAUUGGUUUACCUAAAUAUUCAAUUGCAAAAAUGGAAAUUUUACUCGCAAAUGUUAAUAACAUAGAUUUUAAAAUUGAACGAGAUUUGAUUGAACAAAUUGGUGCCGUCGCUUUACCAUUCUUCGGAAUGGACAAAUCGAUGGCUGCCGUUUGUCAAUUUGUGAGUACCCAAAAUGGUUUGGAGUGUGAGAAAGGCUCAUCCUGCCCCUUCCGUCAUAUUAGAGGAGAUAGAACUAUAGUGUGCAAGCACUGGCUAAGAGGAUUAUGUAAAAAAGGAGACCAAUGCGAAUUUUUACAUGAAUAUGAUAUGAAAAAAAUGCCAGAAUGUUACUUUUACUCUCGAUUUAAUGCGUGUCAUAAUAAGGAAUGUCCCUUUCUUCAUAUCGAUCCGGAAAGCAAAGUAAAAGAUUGUCCAUGGUAUGAUCGGGGCUUUUGUAGACACGGGCCGCAUUGCAGACACCGUCACGUACGUCGUGUACUUUGUAGUAAUUACUUGGCCGGCUUUUGUGAAAAUGGUUGGAGUUGUAAAUUUAUGCAUCCCCGAUUCGAACUGCCUCCAAUUUCAGACACGACAAAAGAAAUUUUGCUUAAAAAGGUGCCAACUUGCCACUUUUGUGGAGAACUGGGACAUAAAGCUUCGGCGUGUAAAAAAAAUCCUGAUGCUAACGAAAGUAGUGAAAACCGUUUCAAAUUUAAUGGCUUCCAAAAACAAAAUCAAGCGUACAGUUUUAAAGAAAACACAGAAGGUAAAAACGGAACUGAGCAUGUGUCGUCGAGUAAUAACUUUACAAAGGUGCCAAAGCCUUUAGAUGAAAUCACUUGCUACAAAUGUGGAAAUAAAGGGCACUACGCAAAUAAGUGCCCUAAAGGUCACUUAGCAUUUUUAUCAAAUCAGAGAAGCCACAAAUAAAUAAAUUAGCAAUGAAAUAACCAAUUAUUUCAAUUAUAGUUAGUAUACAAUACUUCUUAAUUUUUAAAUAUACACAGUUACAGAGUUUUGACCUAGUUCAAAUACUUACAUGGAUAUUUUCGUACUAUAUAAAAUUUAAUUUUUUCUACUGAAAAUAUAGUCGGUGCAUUCUCAAAAUUUUACAGAAACUGGGAUAAAAACCUAAAGAAUCUAAGCAUUUCUUUCGAAGUUAUCUGGAAAUAUUGUAAUAAAAAUAUAUUAGUAUAAACUGUGUAUACAAUUGUUAAAAUGUUCACAUUAGAAUACUUUGUAUUUUUAUACCACACUCUGUUCGAUCCUAUAUAAACCAAAGAGGAAGAAACUUAUGAAUUUUACUUCAAAAUUUUAAUAAUGCUUGCAAACAAAAGUUCUAUUGCGUUUAAAUAUAUAUAUACGCGAAUAAUAGUGACGAAAAAGAUUUCAACAAAUAUAAAGGUAGGACUUUAAUCGGUUUCUUGACUUUAAAUUUGGCCUUCGUCAUAGUUAGUUUUUAGAAUUAAUAAAUGAAGUGCCUUAAAAAUUAAAUUAUAUUCGGUUCACAAGUCUUGAUGCAUUUCUAAAGCUUAAACCUAUACAUAAUACAAUUGUAAAAUGAAUAGUUAAAAGACACAUAGACGAAAAGGUUAAAUAAACUGAGUGUAAAGUCGUUUUCCACAAAUGUGUGCAAAGCUAUGAAUACUUAUUCAAUUGGAAAUAAGUUAAGAAAAUGCAUUUUAAUAAUCCCUAAACCUUUUUAUUAAUUGAUGUUUGAGAGUUCAAAGGUACAACUUGGUGAUUAAAAGAUAAUUUGAAAAAGUGUAUUAAAGAGUAAUAAAACGAAA